AUGCCGAAAAGAGCCGUUUCAUUUGCUGAUGAUAUCGAGUAUCGUUCGUUUAAAAGAGACCGACGAGAGCUCGAAAACCUCGAAAAAGAUGAGAAUUUCGAUUUGCCAAUGGAAGAAGGUGAUGAACCGGUGAAAAAUCGUCCAGAUAACAAUGAAGAAGAAGAGCCAAAAGAGAAAUUCCAUACACUGGAAUCAGAUGAAGAAGAAGAAGAAGACCAUAAAAGACUCGAUGUGAACAAAGUGGAAGGCCAAGAAGAUUCGACGAUGGAUUUUGAUGGCACCAUUAAAAUUACUGCGUUUAACAUGAAAGAAGAUAUGGAAGAUGGGCACUUUGAUGAGACCGGAAAUUUCAUUUUCGAUAAAAAAGAAAAGGAAAUUCAGGAUGCGUGGCUUGAUGGAAUUGAUUGGUCUACUGUGAAAAAGAAGGCUGGAGAUCAAUGGGAAGGUGAUGAUAAGAAAGAAGAAAGUGAUGAUUUUGCACCACCAGUAAUGAGUGAUUUGCGAAAGAAAGAGAUUCUUGAGGCUCUAUCAAAGAUUCUUAAACCAAAUCAAACAAUUGCCAAAGCACUAACAGAGUUAAAAAAGAAGAAAGGUCUCACGGCAGCAGAAGAGCGAAAAAUGAGAUGGGCGGCGAAAAAAGCUGGGAAAACUUUCGAACAAACUGACGGGCAAAAAGAAACAGCAGAAUUAAGUGGGUUGGCGGAUGAAUUGAUUUCUGCUGGAUUUAUGGAUGCAUACGAAUGGCAUAAAGAGAAAAUUGAAUUUAUGCUUCAAAAAAUGAACAAAACAGCAGUUGAUGAUCUCGACAUGUUCUCAGACGAACCAGUUCAAAGUAGCUCUAAACCAUCGACAGAAAAUGUAGGAAUGGAUGAUGAAGAAGUCAAAUGGGAAUAUAAGGAAAAUGAUGAGCCGGGAACAAAAGUUCAGGGACCAUUCACUUCGUCCGAAAUGGCCGACAAACAACAAAAAGGGGAAUUGGCGUCAAAAGGAGUUGCGCGUCGCCUCAACACGCCGGGAUCAUUCAAUCCAGUUGCUCGAAUCGAUUUCGAUUUGUAUUGUUAA